GCUGGAAACCAGCAACUGCUGUCAGAGCUUCUGUAAGUGUGUAGAGGGAGGAUGUGUGUGGUCAAGCAAGCCUGAAUCAUGUAGUGUUUGCACAAGUUUCAGAAACUGUUAGAUUCAUUCAAGAAGUAAGCAUAUGAAAAUAGUCAGCAUAAGGAUUCUCUCUAUUUUCCUUGGCUGUGGAUUACGGUAGUUAAGGACUUUUGAACAGAAGCUUACCAGUGGAUGAGGCCUCACCUGUUUGGAUUUGAGUUGGAUGACUACAGUGGAUAGUAGAAGAAGUGGACUGUGAGGAGUGGAAGAGAUCAUGGUCACUCGGCUGUGAGAGACAGAUACAGUGAGGACAGGUCGGGCUACUAGUUAAAAUGUCCAUCCAGGAGUGCCCAGAGAGUCCAAUGCUUGAGGAUGAGGAGGGUGAGGAAGGCAGAGGGGUGGAGAGAGAGUCGGACAGAGACAGUGCAGUAAACAGCACUCUGUCGUCAGAGAUAUCGGAUGGAGGGAGAACUGGAGAAAAAGAGGAAGGGAUUGGGCUUUGCCUCCCAGGUGAAAAGUGUGGUCAGAUGUAUAAUCGCUCGGAGACUUCUGAUCAUUCUACACGUUCAUCUGCCUCAGUAAAUGAGGAGCAAUUUGAGGACUAUGGUGAAGGAGAGGAUGGAGAUUACAAUCCCAGCAGCCCCUGUCCAGAUGAUGAGAUCCGCAUUAAUGGAUGUUCAGAUCUGGGCUCUUCUGUUUCCUCCAGUGCUGGUCAGACUCCUCGGAAGAUGCGCCAUGCUGGUGACCAGAUGGAUGUGUUUUGCUCUCAGUGUUGUAAGCGGGUCAGUCUGCUCAAAGACCUGGAGAACAGGCUCAAAAACCUCAAAACCAACAGCCCAAACAGAAAGAUCUCCAGCACUGCAUUUGGAAGGUUAAUAUUUGCAUAUAUUCUAACUUUGUUACAGGUGAGUUACUUGGACAAGAAAGUGACAGAGCUCGAAAAUGAGAUUCUGAUGAACGGGGAUGUGAAGUCGAAGCUGAAACAGGAAAACAUACAGUUGGUUCACAGGAUUCACGAGUUGGAGGAGCAGCUAAAAGACCAGGAGACCAGAGCGGAGAACAUGAUGGAAGAGGAGCUCAGGAGACACAGAGAGGCCUACAGCCGACUGGAGAAAGACAAAAACACACAGAUAGAGCUGCUCACAAAUAGAGUACACCAGCUAGAGGAGGAAAAUGGAGAGAUGGCAAUAAGCAUGAUCAGACUGAAAGCCCAGACAGAGAAACUGGAUGACGAGAGACAGCGUAUGACAGAUAAGCUAGAGGAUACAAGCUUGCGGUUGAAGGAUGAGAUGGAUCUGUACAAGAAGAUGAUGGACAAGCUACGACAGAACAGAAAUGAGUUUCAGAGGGAAAGAAAUACUAUGCAGGAGCUAAUUGAGGACCUUCGGCGAGAACUGGAGCACCUCCAAAUAUACAAGCUGGAGGCAGAAAGAAUGGGGAGUGGCCGCAGAUCUCCCAUUAGCCUAUCAGAAUACAGCACUCGAACACGUGAGAGUGAGUUGGAACAGGAGGUCAAGAGACUAAAACAGGAGAACCAGAAACUGAGGGAACAGAAUGAAGAUCUAAAUGGUCAGCUUCUCAGUCUGAGCCUCCAUGAGGCCAAAAACCUGUUUGCCACACAGACAAAAGCGCAGUCUCUGGCCAUGGAGAUUGAUCAUGCCUCCCGUGACCAGUUGAUGGAAGCCCUCAAGGAACAAGAGGAGAUAAACUUCCGACUCAGGCAAUACAUGGACAAGAUAAUUUUAUCUAUUCUGGACCACAACCCGUCUAUUCUGGAAAUCAAAAACUAAAAGCCUGUCAUAAGCUGUUUAGAAUCUUAGAACAGUGGAUCUAGAGCUCCCCCUGAGGUAGCACUGAACCUCAAAUGACUUGUGCCUCUGAAUGCACAAUAACUACAAUGUGCUGGUGUUUUGUGCACCUUUCUCUUGCUACAAAAAUGUAAAAUAUACUGGUGAAAUAUUUCAUGCACUUUUAUAGGGAUUUGUGCUGCUCUGUACAACACAAGGGAGUUUUUCACUGGAAUGUCAUUAUGGUUACUGAAUUGCACCAACUAAUAUGUGAAUAUAUCACACUGGAUGCUCACAGAGUGUAUUUGUAUUAUAUGGAUGGUGUAUAUUUGCUGAGUUUGCACUGGGGAUGUGAUGAGAAAGGCUGAAUGAUAAAAAAGAGAAAUAUUUACCUAUUUGAUGGCCAUCGAAGACUGUCCCAUUCAAAGUUGCUGAGUAUGAGGAAAGAGACUUUUGUGGGUAUACUUGUAAUGAUUUUGGUGAGCGAGUUUUUGACUGUCUUCCUAUUAUAAAUGGCAAGUGAGGGAAAAUUGUAAGGAGAGACAAAUUAGAAGAAUAGAGGAGAGGUAAUUGAAACUCAAACUGGAACUUGAUAACACUGCCUGUUGUAAAAGAAAUCCAUUUUAGAGCAGGGCAAUGCUCUAGUCUGUGUUUGCAAUGUAACGGUGAGAUGUUUAUUCUGACAUUACAUGCAGUAUGUGUGCUUCAAAAGGAAGUGAAAAUUCAAGAGGCUGAAUGUAAAAUGUCAUUGUGAAUGUACCAAACAAGUAGUAUUUCAGGUUAUUUAUGGGCUUUAGCAUAAUAGUUUAAGACCUGUAUUUUCAUCAGCUGAAUUAUGUUCUUAAUAGCCUUAAAGGGACUUGCACUUGUUCUUCCAAACUAAAAUAAUAUUAUUAAUUUCAAAUGCACGAUUCUCACAAUUGUCUAUAAUGUGAUUUAAAUACAACUUACAUCAGAUAAUUCAGGUCUAAAACACAAAAAACUAUGGCAUUUGUGUUCCUAUCGCAGGAAGGUUUCAUAUUUUGAAUGUCAGACACUUUUAAAAUGGUAAUUU